AACAUGUUUGCCAAAAAAACAUGUUUGCCUUUUCGAUUGCAAAUGUUGUUUUUUUGACCAAAUGCAGUUGGUUAGGGACCAUCUCAACCCAAAACACAAAUGCAGUUGGUACUUUCCGAACAGUUUCCUUAACUCACUGUUCCUUCAAUUGCUUUGAGUCCACAACACAAUCUAUGUAAUCUUCUUCUUCUUCUUCUUCUUCUUCUCAGUCAAUGCUUCUAUUAAUGCUGUAAUUACUAAAUUAUCAUCAUUACUUUUCUAUUAUUAGCCAUAGAUCUCUAUCUAAGGUUCUAUUAAGUCAUCUUACCCUUCACUUCAAUUCUAGCUGAAACCCAGAACCAAACACACUAACCAUUUUGGUGCUUCUUAGCUCUCUAUUGGGACUGUGAAAUUGGGAUGGGAUGUCAGUCCAGCAAGGGGAUUGAUUCAAAUACUGAUGUCCCAACACCGAUUCAAAUGGGUGCGCAUUCUCUUUAUGCGGCCGAUUUAAGCUCUUAUGAAGCUGCAUGUGUUAAUGAUCCAAACUUGCAAUCCUUCGAUGCUACCAUUCAGGAACGCACCAACAGAGUGAUCAACUCUCUUGCUCAAGGGAUUGAGGUUCGCUCUAUAUCGCUUGAGUCGCUAGGUGAAGUUACCGGAAGUCUUCUUGACAUGAACCAGGAAGUUGUCAAAGUCAUUCUUGAGUGCAAGCAAGAUAUAUGGAACAAGAAGGAUCGCGACUUGUUCUCCUUGGUGGAGGAUUUUUUUGAGAAUAGUCUUCAGACAUUGGAGUUUUGUAAUGCCCUUGAGAAAUGCCUGAAACGAGCGCGUGAAAAACUUGUUGUGGUUAAGUCUGCAAUGACUUGUUUUGAUGAAGAGGUUCAAAAUGGAGUUGAAGGGUCAACUUAUGUGAAGACGUUGAAAGGGCUUAAGGAUUUCAAGGAAACCGAGGACCCUUUUACGGAAGAGUUUUAUUCGUUGUUUCAGUCAGUUUAUACUCAACAAUCAUCAAUGCUGAAGAAAUUGCUGAUUAGAAAGCAAAAUCUUGAUAAGAAACUGAAAUCUCACAAAACAUUGAAGAGGGUGUCAAGUGUUAUUUUCGUAGCGGCUUUUGUUGCUGUGUUGAUUUUCUCAGUUGUGGCAGCAGCAAUAUCUGCGCCUCCUGUCGUAACGGCUUUGGCUGGUGCAUUGGCUGUUCCGAUAGGCUCAGUUGGAAAAUGGUGCAACUCACUUUUUAAGAAAUACGAGACAGCUUUAAAGGGCCAACGAGAAGUAAUCAGUUCAAUGCACGUUGGUACUUAUAUUGCACUGGUGGAUAUGAAUAACAUUCGGGUUCGUAUCAAUCAAUUGGAAAUAAAGAUUGAAUCCAUGGUGCAAACUGCUGAUUUUGCUCUUGGCAAUGAGGAUGCUGUAAAGCUUGCAAUCGAUGAGAUUAAGAAGAAAAUAGAAACUUUUGCGGAGAUUAUUGAGAGUUUGAGUGUGCAAGCUGAUCAAUGUAGUAGGCAGACUAGGAAAGCAAGGACAGUGGUUGUACAAAAGAUAAUUAAAUACUCUAGUUAACAACCCUUUAUUUCUGAGUUCUUACUACUAAUCCCCCAGCUUACAUCUGCAGUGAUGCGCUUUAUGAUUUUGAAGAAAGAGAAAAUUAUUCAUGUGUAUAACAUUUAUAGAUCUCUAUAUUAUUAAUA